AAACAGUUUAAUGCUCAACACAGAAGUAAGAUAUUUUACAAAUGCAAGAAAGAAAACUUUAUGAUUACACAGCAUGCUAACAAGAUGAUAAUUUUCCCUCUUUGGUGUGCAGACUUGCGUUCUAAAAGUUUAAGCACGCUUUUGAACGGAAAUGUGCACCUUCACGGACAUGUCUAGGAUGGUAAACCAAAACAAAUCCUGUGCAGGAGAGAUUGGCUCUGGGAGGUCUUUAGUACCAUCAAAUAGCCAUGUCUGCAGCGUGUGAAACCCCGUGAAGGAUUUGGUACGAUUCCAGCAGACAUCAGAGAGAGAAUAACAACGCUGGAGGUUUAUGCCUUAAAGCGGAUGAGCAGCCCUCCCCCUCUCAGAAAUACCACGUGGGGAGUUUUCGUUUACCUUACAUGCCGUCAUCCUGUUGCCUGCUGGAAUGCCGCAUGAGACGCAGCCUGGGAUAUUCCUGACAGGAAGAGGUGAAACACGUCACGCGUGUAAAUCACCAAACUACAAGGUCAUCUGAACGUCAGGACACUUGAUUGUGUCAUUGAUUUCCAAAAACGAACACAGAAUAUCACAUCUGGGGAUGUACCACCUCACUAGAUCGUCAUCUUCGCUUUGACAUCUUUCAAUUGAAGAAGAACAACGAAACAGAAAUCACCGGCCAAUAUUUCUGGUCCGGAAGAAUGACGCAUGAACAGAGAUUAGCUCUUACAAAAUGUCCUGUGAGUUUUACUACAAGUCGUAGUCCUUAAGUUGCAGGGUCCCACAGAAGAAUGCAGAUCCUUAGAAGGAAGAAAAGGAACAGAAACGACAGCGAAACUCACUUGAAAGCUUUUACACAAUGCCUCGUCAAUGGAGAAGCGGUUCUGCUCUUGUUAUUGUGAUAGCCGAGGACGACAUUAGCUUAAGAUCAUCAGAUGACGCAUUUGACAACCCUAGCACAUACACCAACGAAUCUCAUUGGUCGUCACAGUCUUCCCAAAAGCCGGAUGGUAAUAUCGGUUCGGAAACUACAUCCUCGGACGAGUCGUCUACGGAAUCCGAAAAUUAUGAAACAUCUGAAACUCACCGGAACGACCAAAAUGUUGAAGAAUGGCUUGAGCAAGAUGCUGAACAAAACAUAGAAGCUGAACAAAACAUAGAAGAAAGUCAAAUUGAUGGACAGAAGGAAAGAAUCAACGAAGAAGAUGAGAAUAAACAGCUCAGAAAUGAACAGCAAGACGAUAGCCCAGAAGGUAGCGGGCUCUACGACAAUGAGCCGGGCAAUGAUGAGGCUCAGGAGGAUGAACCACUAAACGUGAAGUCUCAGAACACUCAACGCCAUUCUAGAACUCACUCUAGUGAGAUUACUCCGUCCGAAAAGUCAUACAGGGGAAAACGUGGUUCGGGUAAAAGCCUCCAGGCCGAUUCAAGAAAUGGUUCAUCAGAAGAUCACCAACAGUUCUCCAGUAGAGGUUCAGAGCAGAGCUCGAGAUCUUCCAGAAGUGAAGACCCUGAAAACCGUUUUUCCGAAGCUAUGUCAAGAAGAAUCAGCGCCUCUUGCGAAGACGACUCAGGACGACUUCCAAUGGUCGGUCAGUCAAGUCGAGUGAGUUGUUUCAAAACAGUCGACCAAGAACAUUCUUCCACGACAGAUCAUUCGAAAGUAAACAGCUGUCCUUCCAAAGAAACAGUCCAGCAUUCUCCCACAAGGACCCCAACUUGCAGCUUGCCGGGGAGUUCUGGUGUGACAAACGCGAACAGAUUCCCUUGCCUCAAAAGUUUGGGAAAAGAGCAUGAUGUUGAGGAGCAGGCUUCAGUCACAAAAACGCCGUUGGAGCGCUCAUCCUCGAUGUCAAGAGGCAGCACGGAUUGUGCUGGAGAGUCAGAGAGAACAUCCGUAGAACGUAUGUCUUCAAAAAUGAGCAUGGAUUCAAAGAAACGACUCUCAGAAUCGAAACCGUCAAACAUUUGCUCUUGCUCUGAACGUGAAAACAAGUUUAGCCCGGGUGCAACGGACAAUGCAAAGCAGAAAUCAGCAAAGGAUGUUUUAAACAAAAAGCCUAAGACUGCUGUAGAUGUGGUUAUCAACGCCUUCCUGGCAUCAGCUUUUUUCCUUAUAAUGUUUUUAAUUUGUCGAACCUGCAAAUAUCUAAUGUCAUCCAUGAUUACUUGCUGCGAAUAUAAUAUAUCGCAAAAGAUGUAGACAGGCAGUAUUAGAGUAACUGUAAAAAAGAAUGUCUCUGUAUUGAACACGCAUUGACAAAGAUGUUACAAUAAUUUGGCAAAAAAGGAGCUGUACAUUAAACUAAAUUGAUUUAAUUCUCGUUUUAAAAUUCCAAACAAUUUUCA